GUUGCCAUGAAAAACACUGCCCGACCCCGCAAAAGAAAACAAGGAAACACCCGCUGCGUAUCUUGUGCAAACAAGGUUCCGAGGCCUGUAAAACGGUGAUGAUCAUGGGACUCACCCAACCGCAUAUUUUUUUCCCUGCUUGAAUGGCGUUUCGUUUCUGGUCUCUGUGCACCGAGCAAUCCCUGCCCAACCUUGGUGUCGCCCAUACGCAGGAUUCUUGGGAGUCACGCGUCAAUUUGAAGGGACCGCCAUCAUUAAAUGCCCUAUCGGAUGACAUCCUAAUCGACGAAGACAUCAUGUCUUUGCGAAGUGUGAGCAAGUUGUACUACAAUUUAACACAUCAAGGUAUCAUAUGGAAACGGUUCCUCAGGAGGAUUGGUCCAAAUGCACCACAGCUUCCGCCCUCGUCACGUCACUCCCCUCGAUUCCUAACCUCAUUUGAAGCAGAACGGCUCGUCAUUAGAGCCGUCACUCUUGACAUGAACUGGGUGUCGUCACGACCUUCUACUCUUUUUCGCAAAUCGUUUAUGGCACACCGGUUAAUCCAGUCGAUGGUCGUGCUCCCUGGAGGAAAGUAUAUGGUGGCAUCCGUGUCUAACUGGGCAAAAAACCUCUAUUCACUAUGUGUUUUGGCUCUUGAUCACCGUGUCGGAGUCAAGCAGAAAGCAUACAAUCUCAGGGCCAAAUACAUGAGUGUAGACGGUAAUCCGAGCAUCGUUAUUGCAUAUGUACGCCGCAAAAAAGUUGGUCGCAUUUCCGACGAAAGCAGCCGCAACGUGGAUCCUUCCAUAUAUCACGACGUAAGGAACAACCCCAGACUGAAGAUCGAUCCACCUGUUCCCUUCCAAUAUGUGUGCUCUUGCGUGCAGAUCCCUCUGGAUGCUCUCGAUACUUUAGCAGAUCCACACCUCGACCCUGGUUCUCGCGAAUUCUUUGAAUUCGCAGGGUCCCAACCUCCCCCCUUUCGUCUCUUGUCUGUUUUGCGGAGUUCGUCAGAGUUUAGUAUAGUUGACCUUGCUAUUAUCGAUGACGUCCCUACCUUGGCAGUGGUCAAGGAUUUAGAGACCAUCGUCUUCAAGCAGUUGACGGGGAUGGGUCUUGUUACCACAAUGGUCUGUGCACGCGAGGAAAUGAACUCGGAUCUUAUUUAUCGGAUAUGUAACAUUCGCAUUUUACCUCAUCAAGGAGAGAUCCUUGUAGUUCGGGCAAUAACAGAUAUGACACCUACCGAAACGAGGGAUCCAAGAAGACCACCUGCUCAACCUUCAGGUCUCCUCACUGUGGCUAUGUUUGCCAUACCGGCUGCCGGCGACAGCGAAACUCCUAGUCACACAUCCACCUCACUGGUCUCGUUCCGCGCAGACGACGCGGAAGAUAUUCAAAUCAGUGACCCGCAUGAUUAUGACCUGCUGGGUGGCAAGUCACCCUCGGACCCUGUCGUCGCUCCGCCCAUCAAUAUCUUCUAUCGAAAAUCGGGAUGUCGACUGAGGUGCAUCACACUUAAACCGGUACCUAUGCCUUUCUGGCUCCUUGGACCAGGUCAACCGCAAAGACCAUACUACUCCGUACAGGAUACCUUCAACGACGACGCCCAGUCGCUUUUCUCCGAAGAAUACACGUGGCACAGUACAUGCCGAUUGUUCGUCUGUCCCGGCUCCCACCGUACACUUCUAUAUGGCACCCCGCCUGAGGAUCGUACCGACACUCCGGGCGUCAAUUCUAUAUACAGCCAUAUCGUGGAUCCGCAUUUUAUCGAUGAGUACAGCUUGAAGAGACACGAGCUCCUGCAGGGUGUCUUACGAGAGGCGUACGAGCAUCGGUCUCAGGUCCUAGCAAAGUUCGAUCUGUGCCCAGACCUAUAUGAUGAUCUCAGAAGAGGCAGCAUUGGCCGGAUUUUCUACGUGAAGCCGGAUGACGCCUAUAUUCAUGUCGUCGACCUUGCGUACGCUCCAUCGCAAACUGCGGAUGGCCAGAGGCGCCCACUCCCGCUGGCCGAUCAGCGGAUGCUUGAAUUGUAGUGCAUGGACUAUUUUCUUCAAGUUGACCCAGAUCAAUGACCUUAUUCCUUGGAUACCCAUAUUGUAGUUCUGUCUUUCUAACGCAACCCACUGUAACAUUUGUACGCAUCAAGAGUUCUAUGUUCACUUUGCUUUCACUGCACUCACUGCCUUUGCUGAUCUUUGAAUGAAUGUAUCCGAUCUGAAAUGGUAGAGG